AUGAUUGCUAUAAUGAUAUACGACCACGCCGUCCUCAACUUCGGCAAGGUGCAGAACCAGGACACGUACAACCCGACGCCCACCGACAAGGAGCCGAGCACCAUCCGCGUCCUGUUCACGGCCAUCCUCAUCAAGAACACCGCCUACACCAACGACACCGUCAUCGUGACCGCCGGCGCCGAGUACGACUCCGAGCGCUACGUGUGGGUGAGCCAGGCCACGCACAGCUACAUCAUGAUCCCGCCGCCGAGACCCUACGUCGAACACCGUGUCCAUGACGGGCCGGACGGAGAUCGCGCAGUGGGCGGGCGGCACCUUCAGCGUCGACUCAUCAUCACGACGCCCUUCGACACCCCCUCACCUUCGAGGUCUACUCGCCCAACGACAAUCCACGACAAGUUCAGCGUGACGCAGGUGUUCCUCCGGACCAAGGGCAGCGACUGGGCCUGCACGCUGCCCGAGUUCGACAAGACCUCGUACUUCGAGAGCGUGACGGGCCGCGCCAACCACCGCGCCCACUUCGAGACCAGCCUCCUCCUCAUGAACCUCAACUACGCCGACCUGGCCACCGAGGGCGCCAACGCGGCUGAGAACGCGCUCGACUUCGGCUUCACCAUCUUCGUGCACGACGCGGAGGCCACGGAGACCUUCGAGGUGGGCGUGGGCGUGCUGAUCGGUACGACCAAGGUCUGGACGAGCAACCACACGGUCACCGUCCUGGCGGGGAGCAACACGCCCGCGGGGGCGGCGCCGGCGAGCCUGACCGUGACGCCGCUGGUGACGGAGGCGCAGUCGGGCGGGGCGGGCACGUUCGAGGUGCGCACCACCGUGCCCGCCGGAGGACUCCUCAUGGACUGCACCGUCACGGCGGGGGCGGGAGACACGGUGUGCGGCAUCUCGUACGGCGCCGUGGGCGGCAACAUCGCCUACCUGCCCAAGCUGGAGGACGUGGUCGAGUACCUGGGCGCGACGGCGACCUUCUCCUUCUACGUGAACACCACCGGCUCCGCCGUGGGCACGGACGACCUGGUGCUGGAGGUGUCCUUCGCGUACGCCGCGGCGCCGCAGGACGGCUCCAUCGACUGCUCGGCGUCACCCAGACGCUGGGCGGCCUCGCCACUGCGGUAA